CAGUGCAACGUUGCCAUGAAGCUGACAGUGAUUUUCCUCUUAUUGCACUUGCUGCAUCACAUUGCGUGCGAAAAGUCCUAUGUGGUAACCAAUGAGCAACUUGAUGCCUUUGAGGGCGACUCCGAGUCGCUGGUGUCCUUUGACACUUUGCGAACCAUUGGCGAGGAGCGUGCGUUGAAUGGUUCCUUCUCCUUUUUGGGUGACAUGAACAACGAUGACUUCAAGGUCUCGGUGGAAUUGUAUUCGAGUCCCAAGAGCGAUGGCGACUACAAGCGCAUUGUGUUCGAUGUGCCGCCCACAAACAUUUGCGAUUGUUUCAAGAAGUUCUAUGUGCAGUUUGUGCAGCCAUCGGUCAGAGAGGGCGACAUCACAAAUUUCCCACUGGUCGACGAGGACUCGUGUCCCAUACCCCAAGGUGAAUUCUUCAUCAAGAAACUGAUAUUCAACAUCGAAGAUUGGCCCGAUCAGGUGCCGCGUGGUCUGGUCAAGGCGAUCAUCACGUUCUGGAACGAUGGCAAUAAUGUGGGUGGACUUAUUGUCGUGGUGCGUAUUGAGGAUCGCGACAGUUAAAGGGCGUGAAAUGUAUUCUAUUUUACUUAUAUACCAUAUCAUUUAGUUAGCUAGCAAUAAAGGUCUUUGAAAGCGAG